UAGACUAGACACACAUCCAUCAGUAGCUUCUCGGCUAGCCAUCGCGAACAAACUUGUGCAUGCGUUGCAACUUGCAAAACUUGCUCAUCGUUCAACGGGUCGCUCGCAGAUUUGAUGGCUUCCUAGAGGCUCGUAGUUAUUAAGUUGCUUGGCAGCGCCGUGUGCAGUGGCCGCGAACUCCUUCACGCGUCAGCAUUGGGAUGCGCUUGUUGUUGAAGGGCCCAGUCGGGUCGCAAUGCAGGAGUCCGGCGCCCCAUACUGAUAGCCAAGAGGUGCCGAAGCAGGCCUGGAGGUCAAGCCAUGCCAAGCCCCAAAGAUACGUCAAGGCGGGCGCUGCGCCGCACCCCUCCUCCACCAGCACCGCCACGGCCACCGCAUCCGCCCUCGCCUCCAACUCGCCCUCCGUCUUCUCAAAACUCGGCCUCGGCAGCCGCACCAGCGACACCGUAGACGCCACCCCCUUCACCUCUUCUGCCUCCUCCCACCUCGAGCUCGGCCCCGGCGGCGCAGCCGCUGCCGUCCUCUCCAGCGGCGCCGGCGGAGCCGGUGCCGCCCUCGUCCGCUCGCUGCGCCACGCCGCCAGCCGCCUCGGCACCUCGAUUGAGCGGCUGCUGUACGACGGCGUUGCAGAGAGCAUGCCGGCCUGGUCGCCGGGGCAGGCGUGCGCAGUGCUGAUGACGUUGGCGCUGCUGCGCCGCCGCCCCGACGACGAAUGGCUGUCGGAGUUCUACGCCCUCACCGCGGCGCGGCUGUCCGAGUGCAACGAGGCAGAGCUCGCCAUGCUCAGCUACGGUCUGAGCGAGCUGGCCCUCACGCCGCCGCAGCCCUGGGGAGAGGCGUUGCUGGCCGCCGCGAUGGCGCUCGCCGAGGCGACUGCGCCAGCGGUGACAGCAGCGGCGGGAGCAGCGGCGGCGCAGCCGCCGCUGGGCACGGAGGAGGAGCUCGAGGGGCCGCCAACGGAGGCAGCAGCGGCUGUGCCGCUGCGGCACCGGCCGCAGGUGCGGCCGGUGCUGAACGGGCCCAGCGCGGCGGCGGCAGCAAACCCCGCCGCCGCGGCGGGCGAGAAGGGUGGUCUGGCAGUGCUGGCGGCGACACUCAAGUCGCUGGUGGGUGCUGGUGGCCUGGGCGCCGCGCCGGCCGCCAGCCGCCGCCGCAGCCCGGUCUACACAGCCUCGCCGCCGACGCCCUACCCCUCCGCCGCCACCUCAGUCGACGGGGCCGCAGGUGCGCCCGCGUCCUUGUCAGCCUCGGAUCCGGAUCUGGUGUUGGUACGGCCGAUUAACAGCGCGUACGACAUGGAGGACGUAAUGUACGGCACGAGCUCGCGCGAGGGCCGCAGCAGCGCCAUCGCAGAGCUGCUAAUGGAGCCGGCGGCGGCUCUGUGGGGCGGCGUGCAGCGCGCCGCCUCUGCCGCGACGGCGGCGGCGCGGCGGCAGCGCGCGGGCAGUGAGCUGGUGACGGUGGUGUACAACCUCACGGCUGCUGGAGUGCGGGUGGAGUCGAUAUGGCUGGGGCGCUUCCUGGAGGCCAUGGGCCCCCGCCUGCGCGACCUGUCCGGCUGCGACCUGCGCUGCCUGCUGCUGGUGGCGGCGGAGGCGUGCGGUCCUGACGUGAUGUGCCCCGAGCCGCCCAGUCGGGACUGGCAGGCGCAGCUGUACGCGCGCAUGGACGGCGUCAACUGGUCGCUGCAGGGCCGCAACCUCGUGGGCUGCCUGGACUCGAUUGCGACGCUGGGCCUGCGGCCGCCGGCGCCCUGGGUGCGCCGCCAGCUGGUCGCCCUGCAGCCCAGCUUGCCGGCGCUGCCCAACUCCUGCCUCGUGCAGCUGGCCCCGCUGCUCACCGCGCUGCCGUUGCCGCAGCCCGCAGCCGCCGCGGCCCCCGCCGCCGCCGCUGCCUCCGCCGCGUCCACCGCUGCAUCUGGCGGCAAUGUCAGCGCUAGCAGCAACCGCAAGUGGUUCGACGCGUGGAUGUCGGACUACCGAACCGUGGUGUGGGAGCGCCGCAGCAGCCUCACCGCAGCCAGCCUGCUGUCCAUCAUGACAGGCGUCGCGGCCGUAACGCCCGGUCAGCUGACGGCGCCGCCGGCAGCCGCCGGCAUGCCCGCCACCGCCACCGCCGCCUCGGCGCCGGCUGCCAACUCGCUGUUGCGCUCACGUGCGUCGGUUAUGCCGUACAUGGAAUGGCGGGCACAGAUGGCGGCGGCGGUGGCGGCGCUGCUGCCUGGGUCCAGCCUUGUGGAGCUGUGUGAGGCGUGGCAGGCGCUGGCGGAGGCGGAGGGGCAGGUGGCGGAGGCGCAGGGCGACGUGAGCGGCAGCGGCGGCCCGGCGCUGUCCAAGGAGGUGCACGAGCUGCGCGAGCUGGUGGCGGCCUGGCUGGCGCAGAGCAGCAAGUCGCAGCUGUCCGCCUCGGACGUGCCGCACGUGCUGUCCUCGUUGGCGGCGGCGGGCGCACACGUGCCAGGCCCGGCGCUCGCGGCGCUGGUGGGCGCCUCGGAGCCGCUGCUGGGCGGGCUGACGUGCGGCGAGCUGGUGACGGUGGCGCUGUCGCUGGUGCGGCUGGCGUACAGGCCCAACAUGGCCUGGCAGUCGGCCUUCUGUGCCGCCAGCCGCCGCCGCCUGGGCGCCAUGACGGCACCGCAGCGCGCCUCCCUGCUGGUCGCCGCCGCCUCCCUGGGGCUGCACCUGCCCGAGCCCUGGCUCCGAGACUUCUUCACAAUCUCCCUCGCGCCGGGCGCCCCCACCACCACCACCACCAACACCACCACCAACAACACCACCAGCCCCAGCAGCAGCGGCAGCAGUGGCAGUAGCAGUCGCAGUAGCAGCGCGGCGGCGGUGGGCGGCCCCGCCUCGCACCUGGGCGACGGGGUGGCACUGGACGGCACGCAGCUGGCCAACGUGCUGUGGGCGGUGUCGUGUGUGGCGCCGGAGCCGCCGGCGGCCUGGCUGACGGCGUGGGAGUAUGCGUCCAUGCCGCGCCUGCGGGAGCUGGGGCCCAACAUGCUGGCUGUGGUGCUCAAGGCCAUGUCCACUCUGCACUACCGGCCCAGCCGCGCCUGGCAGUCCGCCUACUUCACCGCCGUGCGCCGCCGCCUGUUCGCAGCCGGCGCCGCGCAGCUGCGGUGGCCCACUGCCGUCACCAGCCCCUCCACCGCGCCCUCCGCAGCUGACCUAGGGCCACUUCCCGCCGCCAGCUCCACCACUACCAGUGCCAGCGCCAGCGCCGCUGUGGCAACUGCUCCCACCGCCUCUCAGUCUGGCGCUGCUGAAUCGUCAAUGGCCGCCUCCACCGCCUCCACCGACUCCGAUGACACCACAACCGCUUGGCUGGACGCGGUCGAUGACAGCGCCCCCAGCACCUACUCCGGUAGCGGCAGCACCGGCAGCGGCAAGACCGGCCUCAACAUGCUGUCGAACUCAGUGACACCUGAGAGCCUAAACAGUAUUGUGUACUCCCUCGCAAGCUUGGAUUUGGAUCCGCCUGCGGCGUGGCUGGACGAGCUGAUGGAUGCUGUGCGGUGCAAGCUGUCCAUGCUCAGCACGCUGGAUCUCAGUGUGGUGCUGGCGUUCCUGGUGGCUCGCAACCACCGCCCCAACGACGAGUGGUGGGAUUCCUUCCUGGAGGCGCUGCAGAGCCGCUUUGAGUCGCUGUCGGCAAUCGAGAUGGCCUCGCAGCUCAUCAUGCUUAACGCGCUCAAGGUGUCGCCCACAGCCGAGUGGCUAGACGGCUUCUGCCAGGCCACCCAGACCCGCCUGGCCGCCUUCGGCCCCAGCCACCUACUGCAGGUCCUGAGCUGCCUGCACCUGUUCCGGCACCGGCCCUGCCAGACCUGGAUGGGCGCCUACAUGGCGGCGGUCGAGGCGUCGCUGGGGCGCUUCACAGCCACGGAGCUGGCGCGUGUACUCAUGCUGUUGGACCACCUCAAUCAGCGGCCCAGCGCCGCCUUCAUGACCCGCUUCUACGACGUGUCGGUGCCGGGGCUGUCCGGCCUGGAGCCGCAGGAGCUGGUCAACUGCGCCUGGGCCGCUGUGUCCUGCAGUUCCGUGCACCCGAACGCAUGCUGGACUGACGCCCUGGUGGCGGCGGCGCGUCCGCGGCUGUCGGCCUUGAGCCAGCCUCAGCUGCGCGUGCUGGUGGCGGCGCUAGGGCACAUGCAGCGCAGCACGCCCACCGCCGCGGCGGCUGACUUCCUGGCGUUUGCGCGCGAGUUCCUGGUUGUGUAGCGGGGGGGGCGCACAAGCACGGAUUGCUAUCUAGGAUCUCAGCAUGGGGGCCAGUGAAGAGAGCGAAAGACGGCGGCAUCAGCUGGGCAGGCUCGGCGGGAGUCAGCUGUAAGAUAAUCGACGGCAACGAAUGGGGUUCCUGUGACUGUACACUACUGCCUGACCGUUUGCCGGGCAUGAAAUGCUGAGUGCAUGCUGGCGUGUCGGUUGACGGCCAGGCAACAUAUCGCACGACACGCCCGCUUGAGUUGUGUUCAAAGUAUGCUUUCCUGGCUGGGGCUCCCUGGCCAUUCGUUGGGCUCCGAGCCGGCGUAGACGCGGAUGUGGGGGGUCUGCACUUGUGCAACCCAUGCGCGCUUAUGCCUCGCGAUUUCGUCAAUAGUAGUUUGUUAGGAGCAGGGCCGGAGCGUAUUCUUGAUAUCGACGGUGGUGGUUGCGAGGUGCUGCACAUGCCUUACUAGGAAGAAGAUGUUAGGGUCGGAGUUAAGGAGUCCUAGUGAGUGUAAGACGGAAGCGGUGAGGAAGAAUGACGUGAGCGCUGCCGGUGCAUUCAUCACUUGCUGCUCUUUGGCGGGCCCGCCAUGUUUUUGGCGUAUGCUUCCAUGCGUUCUCUCACCCGCCUUUUUAUUGGUGUGGUACACCUUUUGCCCUCGUGAUACUGUGUCAGGAGACUCUUUGAAAGGUACAGGCAGACGUCCAUAGCACUGCCGGGUGACACGGCAAUACCGUGUGCCACGGCUUUGGUCCCGGACGUCAAUGCUGACAAGUGCAGAGACCUAUUACAUCAUGGCACUUGGUAAAGCAGGAUCUGGAGCGACGGGGCCCAGAGCUGCAAGGAACUUGGGGGGCCAGCCUGUCAAGGCCCCUGCCUGAGCGUGGACCGAGUCGGGACCUUGGCGGCCUGAGGUGUGGAAUGUGGCAAAGCCAUCCGAAGUCACUGGUUUGACGAGGUUGAAGGCAAGUGCCCAGGAUCUGUGGAUGCAGGGGAGUGCGGUGCCCUUGGACGGCUUCUCGGUAGCGUGCAUCGUUACAUGUGCAUGGCUGUGUUGGAGUAGGCAGCCGUCUUUGAUAGCUUGCAUGUAGCAGUGGGUGUGACGGGUGUUGGUUAGGUGGUGGGUCGCAGCGCAUCCACAAGCCGAUGUUGUUGUUGGUGGACUCAGGAAAAGCACAGUUCAAAUGCACAGUUCGAACAUGCACGGUAUCAGUUUACAGUCGAUUGCUCAACCAUCAUGCUCAACAAGGCUAUGAAGAGCUUGUUGUAUUGUAAGCCUUUCUUGAC